AUGCCUGUUGCCGAAGGAGCAACGGUGCCGCCGCUGGGUGCUGGUGCAACCAGUGUCUCCCUCGAGCAGAACUUCCUCCGCGUGCUCGUCGAGCCAGGCCCCAAGGACACCGAAGUCGACAUCGUCGCCGUCCACGGCCUCAACCCCACCAACGGCUCCAACCAUGCCGAGAACACGUGGACCAAGGGCCAGACCCUCUGGCUCAAAGACCUCCUCCCGCAGAAGCUCAAGUCCGCGCGCGUCAUGCUCUUCGGGUACAACGCCAACGUCGCCUUCCAGAGCUCGACCGCGGGCGUCCUGGAGCAGGCGCACAACCUCCUGAACCGGGUCCGCAUGAAGCGCCGCCGGGACCAAGCCGAGCAUCGCCCGCUCAUCUUCAUCGCGCACAGCCUCGGCGGGAUCGUCGUGAAGAGGGCCCUCGUCGUCGCGAGUCAGGUCGAGCGCUACAGGCCCAUCCGCUCCUCGACGUACGGCAUGGUCUUCUUCGCCACGCCGCACCGCGGCGGCGAGUUCGUCCCCCUGGGCAAGAUCGCGGCCAAGAUCGUCCGCGCCGUCCAUGCGGCGCCGACCAACAGCUUCCUCGAGUCCCUGGAGAAGGACAGCCUGUUCGCGAGUUCGCAGAUCGACGACUUCCGCAGUCAGCUGGAGGACUACCAGGUGUUGAGUUUCUUCGAGACGAGACCGCUCCCUCACGUCGGCAUUGUGGUCGACCAGCAAUCUGCCGUGCUCGGCCUCAGCCACGACCGGGAGAACAACGUCGCGCUCGAUCUGGAUCACACGCAGAUCUGCAAAUUCGACCCCGAGAGGAACCGGGAGGAGUAUGAGCUGGUCGAGGAUCUCAUCACGGAGAUGGUCGACGACGCCAUCGUCGCGCACGAGGAGAGCCGCCGGGUGGGAAACAUCCCGCACGCCUCCGCUUCUGACACCCCCGAGGCGGUCUCGCCGGACCAAUUCCCCGAUGAGACCAUGUCCUACGACUCGAGGAUGUACCUCCCCGGCUCCUCCCCCGACCCGGGCUACACUUCUCAAUCGUCUCCGCGACUCCUCAUGGCUGGAUCGCCUAACCCGGGCUUCUCCCCGCAAGCCUCGCCUCGCAUGAACAUGCCAGGUUCCCCCAACCCGGCGUUCAACCCCGGGCUCGGCUUCACGCCGUACACCUCUGCUCCGACCAGCCCGGAUCUGGGCGCGGGACCUGCUUUUGCAACUCCCCCCGAGCGCCACAACAGCGACGACACCCGAGACGUAGCGCGAUCCGUCCUCUCCAUGACCCUCUCCGACACCACCGCCGCCGACGACGACGACGGGCGCCGCCGCAGCUCCUCCACCCUCGCCACCAGCCCCAGCAUCGACUCGGCCUCGACGGCCUCCCGCGUGACCUCCCGCCAGAAGGCCUCGCCCAACAUCUGGCGGUCCAUCGGCAUGAACCUCUCCGACACCUCGGGCGCGAGCUUCCGGUCGGCCGCCGCCGCGGGCCAGCUCGACCUCGUCCGCGACCUGCUGGAGAAGAAGAACCUGGCCAUCGACAACAGCGGCGUGCGCGACGGCUUCACCGCCCUGGCCGAGGCCGCGCUGCACGGCCACGAGGCCGUCGUCGCCUACCUGAUCGGGAAGGGCGCCAACCCGGCUUUUAACUGCGUGUCCACGACCAAGCAGUUCGGCAGCAUCUAUAACACCCCGCUGGCGCUCGCCGCGGGGAAGGGCCAUCUGGGCUGCAUGAACCUCUUGAUGGAUGCCUAUCCUUACCCCAGGAUCGAUCUGGAGGAGGCAAUGCGGGCAGCGAAGUAUCGGAACCGCGCGGAUGCGAUCAGGCUGCUUAAGGCGAGGGACGGGGGGUUGGAGUAG